AUGGAUGAAGGAGUAGACAUGUCAAGCAAAUUCCUACCAAGGUUUGACAUUGGUAAUAAGUUUACACCAUAUGUGGAUGGUGGGGCAGUUGGUAGUUGGCCAAAAUGUGGAAACACCAUCAGACAGUUAGCCCAAAACAGAGCCCACCACAAUCUGACAGUGGGCCAGACAACUCCACUCAUUAUUUUGGACAUGCCCGAACGUGCUUGUCUCUGUCUGACACGGUCACAUGCUUAA